UCUUGAACAUUACAAAGUUCUUAUUAUAAGUUCAGUUAUUAUAGUAUGUAAUACAUUGAAAGAGUUGGACAAUUUUAAUCACGAAAUGGAAGAUCUAAUCUUGCUAGACAACUUUUUAUCGUUUUCUGUAGUGAAAACAGUGAUGAUGAAAAUGACGCGAUCAUGUUUUUCAUUCCGCGUCGUGAACGUAGAAGAAUUCCUCGAAUCAAUAAUUAAAUAGAAACUGUAAUUGUAAGAUACAAUAAUAAUGAUUUUAAAGAAAAAAAGAUACCAUGCAAACAGCUGACGCGGAACGAUUUCACAGUAACAGUACAGCAGCGGAAUUUCGAACGCGGACCGGACUGCUGUACCGCUGCUGGCGUUCUCUCUGGAACACACCCUCAAAGUGAAUAAACAAAUGAUAGUAAUAAAUUUUAAAUUCGAGAUAAAAGUUGAGUAAUAUAAGCACACGUGUUUUACUGAAAAUAAUUUUUAUAUCAUAAUAAAUUGUUAUGGUCAGUAAAGUUUGAAUGCAAUUAAUUAUGCUCGUUUUAGUUAAUACUUACUUCAAAUUAAUAUUCAUACCACUCUAACCUAAAAAUCACAACUUUAACGUGAAUUUCUGACUCUCUUGGUAUAAAAUAUCAAAAUGAGUAAUUGGCCGAUUUAUAAUAAACAUUUAAGAUAUGCCAUACCAUUUGUUAUAUUUAUUAUUGGAGGAUCAUUAGGUCUGCAAGAAUUUACUUCAUUAAGAAUCACGUCACUGGUUAUAAAUGACACAUAGAGAUCGCCUGUUUUUUGUAACAGAAGCUUAUUGGAAAUACUAUGCAUCUAGAGGACGGUUUCGUGCGUAUAUGCUGAAUUUGCUUGGGCAAGAGUUAUCAUGGUACAAAUACCGAAGCACCAACCUUUACAAUCCCAGAGAUGAAAUAAAAAAAGCAGGCCUUGAUAUGACUGAUCUAAAUCAAAUUACUUUGGAGUCACAAUAUGAACACGUAAAAAAGAAGCUGUCAAACUUGCAUUUCCAAAUGCAAAUGACGAUGACAUUAAAGAUGGCAUAAGUGCUUGGCUGGAUACUGCAAACACGCGGCUAAAGAGAGAAGCAAGUGGAAAAGGUCCAAAAAGGGCGCCAUUCCAGCCAAUAGUUAUUGACGAAAUCCUGAACAGUGGCGAAGAAUCCUAUCCAUAAUUAUUUACUUAUAUUAUUCAGCAUUCGUAAAUACUUAUUUUAAUUCUAAUCUUAUCCAGUAAUUAUUCUAAUAAUUAAAUAAAGUAGAGCUCAGUAAUUUAAUAGAAACACAAGAUUAAUUUGUAAUUGAUACAUUUUUUCAAUAAAUAAAGGUAUGUAAUCA